AUGGCCAUGCUGGAUCAGAUCCAUCCAGCCUUGCCCACCCACGCGCGAGACAGCAAUUCGUAUACCCUCGGGUCCAUCGGCCGUCAUAAUAUCGUGAUCGCUUGUCUUCCCGCCGGCAUCUAUGGCACCACAUCAGCAGCCACUGUCGCCAGCAAUAUGUUCAUCAGUUUUGGAUCGAUUCGUCAUCUAGUUAUGGUCGGGAUCGGGGGAGGGGUGCCGUCUGCAUCGGUCGAUAUCCGGCUUGGGGAUGUCGUGGUGAGCAUUCCCACUCCCUGCUGUGAGGGCGUGGUGCAAUACAACUAUGGCAAGGCCAUCAGACAAGGGCACUUCGAAAGAACAAGCACUUUGAAUAAGCCAUCCACUGCCCUCCUGACAGCAGUCAGUAACCUUCGGGCGGCGGACCUCCGCAAUGGCAGCCAGAUACCCGUCCUGAUAUCUGAGAUGCUGGCGCGUAAUCCGCGGAUGGGCUAUGCGGCUGCAACCGCGGCUGCAUAUGCAAAGCAGCUGCUUGCUACGAUCGGUGUCUGCGGCCCUGGGCCUAUCUCUGACCCUGCUGUUCCUGAGGCAAUCACGGCUGCCCAGCACCGCGCAUCGAUGAUGGAUGCUCUGCGACCUGAUCAACACGAGAGUCGGCAAGCUACGAUAAAGCCCGCGCAUGCCAAAACCUGCAAAUGGCUUCUUGAGGAGCAGGAAUACGUGAACUGGAUGGACAGCAAUCGUUUCCCCGAGCACCGUGGCUUUCUCUGGAUCAAGGGAAAGGCAGGGAGUGGCAAAUCCACUAUGAUGAAAUUCGCAUUCCUACAGGCCGAUGCAACAGUGGAUGCAGACACCAAGGUCCUCUCAUUUUUCUUCAAUGCUAGAGGAGAAGAUUUGGAAAAAUCAACAUUGGGGAUGUACCGGUCCUUGUUGGCGCAAAUGCUGGAAAAAGUCCCAGAACUCCAGGUACUCCUAGACGAACUUAACUUUGAGCGCUGGGACGAGAAGUAUCCUUGGUGUCAUGAGUUACUUCAGUGCACCCUCCGCCGGUCAAUCUCACAACUUGGCGGUCGUCGUGUCAUCUGUUUCAUCGAUGCUCUUGACGAAUGCGAAGAAGAACAGGUCCGCGCCAUGGUUGGUUUCAUCCAAUCCCUUGGAGAGCAUGCGAUAUCAUCAAAAGUCCACCUUCACGUCUGCUUCUCAAGCCGUCAUUACCCCCACAUUGCUAUCGAGAAGGGGCUUGAAAUGAUACUGGAGGAUCAGGAAGGUCACGCUGACGAUAUCACUCGAUACCUGCAAAGCGAGCUCAAAAUUGGGCGCAGUAAGCAAGCCGAAGAUAUUCGACGCGAGAUACAGGCGAAGGCCUCAGGGAUCUUCUUGUGGAUGGUACUUGUUGUGCGGAUCUUGAACCGCGAAUUCCAGCGCGGUCGCUUGCAUGCCCUCCGCAAGAGACUUUAUGAGAUUCCGGCCAAACUCAGUGAUCUUUUCAAAGACAUACUGACCAGGGAUACUGCGAACAUGGAGGAUCUCUUACUUGGUAUUCAGUGGAUUCUAUUUGCAAGACGACCGCUCAAACGAGAGGAAUUAUACUUUGCCAUCCUUUCUGCCGAUCCCGACAAUUUGACGGAGGCCUGGGACCCUGAAGACGUAACUGAGCAGGAUAUCGAUCGAUUCGUACUGAGCGCCUCCAAAGGGCUCGCUGAGACAACUAGAUCAAAAGCAAAGACCGUUCAAAUUAUACACGAGUCUGUCCGAGAUUUUUUGCUGAAAGAGAAUGGAUUGCGCGAGCUCUGGCCUGAGCAUCAGGGGAACUUUGAGGCUUCCAGUCAUGAUCAACUGAAGCAGUGUUGCAACAACAUCCUCCUUUCCGAAACUAGCAACCGCAUUGCAGAGGAGCAGUAUAUUGCAUCUGCUUCCAGGGAUGAGCUCAAGGCCUUACGGGGCUCUGUUUCUCGAAAGGUCCCAUUCCUACAAUACGCGGUCCACAAUGUCCUUCAAAACUCUGAAGCUGCAGAGAAGGGUGGCAUCCGCCAGGGAUGCUUUCUUGGCAACUUCAAUUUCUCUCGCUGGAAGCGUUGCAGCAAUUUUUUCGAGAGGUACAAAGCCCGUCGUCACACGGAAUCUGCAUGUCUUCCUUAUAUCCUUGCCCAAUAUGACCUAUCGAAUUUAAUUCUGGCAAUAUUUAAAGACAAGCCACGUGGUUCUAUACCGAGCAGGCGUGAACUUGACUUUCUGGUUUCCUAUGCUGUUAGGAAUGACCAUAGAGAAUUUCUCGAUUCCAUCAUCCGAAGCCAGCUGCAAGACGCUUCAGCUUCCUCUACCGCUUGCAUCGAAAUGGCGCUCCGUUACACCAUCCAAUUUGAUCGAGAAGCUAUGUUCGCGAGCCUCAUGACACGUACCAAUGUCAACCUCAAUCUACAGGACAAAGAUGGAAAGCAGUAUCUACAUUACGUGAUCCAGUACGGCCGCGACUCCAUGUUCGACCGAAUGUUAGCUAUGCGCGAGAUUGACUUGAAUGCACCCGAUGUACACGGCGACACGCCUUUACAUUACGCCAUUCGAUUUGAGCAACAAUAUAUCUUCACCAAACUUAUCACAAUGGAUCGUAUAAAUUUGAGUGUCCAGAACAUGGCUAAUCAGACUUUAUUACACUGUGCUAUGCAAUAUGGACGGGAGAAGAUGUUUGAUUUACUGAUAAUGAGAGACAAUGCCGAUAUCACUGCUCAUUUAUGCUCCGCCAUCGAGCGUAAUGACGAGCUUGUGUUCAAUCGACUGUUAGCAACACAGCCCGUUGAUCCAAUGAUACUGGCCAUCGAACGCUCAAAUCCUGCCAUGAUUAAGUCGCUCUUGGAAAUGAGCUGCACGGAGGUACCCCUCUCUGAGCAAGGUUGGAACAGAAUGCUUCAAUGCGCAGCCCUAAAUAGAUGGGGUGAGAUUGUAGAGCUACUAAUUACCAUGGAUGACCUCUUCUCUCACUUGAAUAGCCCGUGCGCAGAAGCCGUUUUGCUCUACGCCGCAUGGAGUGGCCAUAAGACCCUUGUGGAUAAAAUUCUAGCUACAGGGAAGCCUGAUCCAAACGCAAAAGCCUUGGAUGGAAAGACAGCACUUGCAUACGCUGCAUAUGGAGGCUACACAGACAUUGCCAUACAACUACUCUCAAAAGAAAACGUUGAACCUGAUGUCAAAGAUUGGUAUGGAAUGACACCACUUGCAUACGCUGCAUCUAGAGGCCACGAAGAUAUUGUUAUGCAGCUACUCUCAACAGAAGGAAUCAAUGUCGAUGCAGCAGAUUCACUCGGAAUUACGCCACUCAUACACGCUGCCACUAGCGGCCACACAGCUGUUGUUCACAUACUUCUGUCUACAGGAAAUGCCAAUCCUGACUUGAAAGACAGAAUUGGGUUUUCGCCCUUGUCUGAAGCCGCACUGAAUGGUUAUGAAGACGUGGUACGUCGGUUACUUGCAGUCCGAAGAGCUGAUGUUCUCCCCGAGGAUGUUGGGGGACGAAAAGCACUUUUGGCGGCGAAGGCUUAUCAGCACGAUAGGAUUGUGAAGAUACUGGAGGACUGGCUAUCACCUUCCCCUCAUUUCGAACAAAGAUCAACUGCAUGA